AUGGCCGACAUUCCGAAGUAUGUGUUUUACGUCGUCGUCCAUGUGGAUGCACUGAAACAGAGAGAAAAAGGGGGUUACUAACGUUGUGCAAUAUAGAUCAGUAAUACAGAAGUUGAUGAUAUUUACAGCAUUGAUGAUUGUAUUCCCGCUUCUAACGUUCUUUACGGUCCAGUAUUUCACAACCAAUAGUAUCAUAAGCGGGGGAUUGAGCGCGUUAGCUGCCAACGUGGUGUUGAUUGGGUACAUCGUGGUGGCAUUCACUGAAGAUACCGCCGUUGAUUCAAGUGCUGAAAAAUCAGAGAGUAAAAAAUAUUUGUGA